AUGGCGUCGUGCCAUCUGCCUCUGGAGAUUCAAAUGCAACUGCUGCGAGACCGCAACAGCGUGCCCGAAGUAGAAGAACAUGCAGCGAAAUCAGCUGGGCAUCUCAAAGGCCUUAAACGCAUACCAGAUCCACCGGAUUUGGCAGCAUGGCGGCAAAAGCUUUUCAAUGUGGACGACACGAUCGUCCUGACAGAAGACCAGCUCCAGACGUACUUCCCGCACGUCGACAACGUGUACUCGCACCGGUCGACCCAGAAACACAAGCGCAAGGGCUUCGUGUCACAUUACUGGGACUGUCGCCUCAAAGGACGGCCGCCCGGGACGCCCAAGUCAGAAGACCCGAACAAGAAGAAGCGCAAGCGCGUCGCGCGUGAGCGGGAUCUAUGUGAUGUAAAAAUCAGGAUCACUGAGUAUCCUGCUGGUGAUCCACCUCCUGAAAUCAUCGCCCAGGCUGGCAGGUACCCCGGACUUGAUGCUCCCCAGCCGGAUGCUUUCUUCGCCCAUCGGUCGUCAGUCGUAUCAAUAGAACAGUCGUCGCAAUGGCCGCAAGAAACAAGUGCAAGCCACGGUAAGAUGUACACGAUUCAGCGCGUCAAUGGCAAUGGACAGAACGGUAAGGGAGACGGUGUGCCUGGUGCGCACAAGCACACGCUUGAGUACAGCGACAGUGUGAAAAAGAACAGCAUCAUCAGGUGGAUGCUUCAGGCUGAGAAAGACAAGAAGAAAUCGCAGGUAUGUUGA